AUGCGCGAGAGAGUCACCUUUGUCCAUCCCCAGGACACCGACGUCGACCCCGAGGCCCUCGAUGUGCAGCCGGCAGGUCUCGUAGGCCCCUCGACCGACUCGGUCCGCCAGGAUCGGUUGACUUUCAACUUGGAUGAGCUGCCGCUGGAGCUCGCCAACCUUCUCCGAGGCCAUGAUGCGGUGCAUCUGAGGUGGACAAGUCCUCGCAAGUACGACACGCUGGAGCCCUUUAGCUCUCGCCAGUCGCCGGGGCUUCAUGUAUUGUACACUCCAACAGCGCCUGGAGCCAACAACUGUUCGAAGCUAUGCGAGUUCCUCCAGAAAAUAGGGCCCGUUGACUGCAUGGCCCCAGAGGCCUUCACCGCUGCCGAUACCCGCCAGCAUGGCCUCCCGGGGUCCAUGUUCUUUUACCAAGAAUUGGAGGAUCUUUCCACUUUCAUCGCCUCUGGGCUACAGGACAUCUGCCCAGAACUCGACCCCAUCUGUCUGUCCCGGCUGCGCAGCUUGAUCACCGCCGCUAGCCUCGAUCUCUCAUUCGACUCUGCCGACCAGGCACUUAAAAUUGCUGCAUUCUGGCCUCUGAGAGUGCACUCACUGACCGUUCCCGGCUCAUCAAUGCGGAGAACCGAGGUGGGCAUCUUCACCAAAGGCUCACCACCCAACCUCGGACCCCAUGAAGUUGGCCUCGGCGGUGUCCUAAGCGUUCUCGGGGAGCAAACGGCGCCAUCGCCCGUCUUGUUUGCCGCCUCAUCCCGACAUAGACUGAGCGAUAUGUCCUUUUCCUCAGAAUUCCUCAUGCCGGCCGGCCUGCAUCCAACGCUGCAGUUAAAGCUGAGCACCAACAAGCCCCCGGUUCAAGACUCAGAGUGCGCUCCUUAUGCCUACCUUACCCUUCCCAGAAAAAUCUUUGCCGACCGCUACCAGUUCGAGGACAGGCUCUUCUUGGCAUCUAAGAACCUGACUGCCUCAAGGUAUACAACUCUGCCAGUCGACUUGGAGGCUCCCGAGUAUACCACAAAGACAUGGGGCUCCAAUGUUCUUGUCGAGCUGGCCCCCCCCUUGCCCAGUAAGAAACAGGCUUGGACCGUCCAACUGCCACUUCAUAUCCGCUAUCUCAAACCGACGGUUUCUGGAUAUGCACAGGUCGAGGUUCCGUAUCCGGCCGUCUUUUGGGCGUGCGAGUCUGGAAGCGAGGGCGACUUUUCCACCAACCCGUUUGACCGCCGUCAUUUAGGCUACGACGAGCUGUUCAGUUCCGAAACGACGUUUUGGCACGCUGCUCCGAAGCCCGAGGUCGGCAACCGGAUCAUGAGUUCAAUCUCGGUCCCUGUGCUCAAGGAGGAGGGGGCUGCAUGGGUUCGCCUAGGGACAACGGCAGUCGUGGGCCUGGGCUGUGCGUGGGUCAUCUGGAAGCUCUUGGCUGCUUGGAUAGGCUCGACGCAACAGGGAGGCAAAGACGAGCGCGAGAAGUCGAGGCAAAAGAAGGCCAAUUGA